AUGGCGACUACAGUACCGGUGGUGAACGAUACAGAAGAUUAUUCUUUUUUACCACUUAUACACGAUAUUAUCAAAUGCAUGGAUAAAGACAACCAGGAUGUUCACCAGGAGUUAAACAAGCUCAGAACGCGGAUCCAGGAGACCCGGGAGCAGAUCCUGACCAUGCCCGGUAUCGACAUGAGUCCGGAGCUUCAGCAGAACAGGCUCCGGACCCUCAGGGAGCAGGUCCACACCAAGAACGAGCUGUUACAGAAGUACAAGGGCUUGUGCAUGUUCGACAUCCCCAAACCGUCCUGAUGAUGAGAAGGACUUGUGAUACUGCUGCUCAUGUGAUGUGUGUAUAGCUGGACUGUCUAUCGUUCAUGUCUUCAUAAUUAUCAUUUACAUUUACAGCAUUUAUCAGACGCUUUUAUCCAAAGUGACUUCCAUUACAGUUACAGUGUACAGUCUUAGCAAUGGAGGGUUAAAGGCCUUGCUCAAGGGUCCAACAACAGCAACCCGGCAGUGGUGGGGCUUGAACCAGCGACCAUUUGAUUACUAGUGCACUAUCUUAACUGCUAGGCUACAACUGCCAUCAUGUCUCCACCCUGUCCCUAUCAUGCCUCCACCAUAUCCAGAUGCUGUGUCCACUGGCAGCUUUAUUUGGACUGGCAGCUGUCAUGUUACCAUCAUGUCUUUGUCAUGUCCUUACCAUGUCCCUAUCAUGUCCAGAUGCUGUGUCCACAGCUUUAUUUGGACACUUGAAAUGGCUCACUGAUCAUAGAAUAGACACUGAUGUUCCAGAACAUUACGACCACCCACCUGAGGCAUGGGUUCCAUGUCCAGUCCAUGUCACCCUGUAAGGGGUUCUAGACAGGCUGGUACUCAUCAAGGCUGCCCGUGAAACCUGGGAGAUGAUGAUUUGGUCCUUAUCAAAGUAACUCGAGUCUUUAUGCCUUAUGAUCAUAUGUGCUGCACUCAAAACAUGUUCCCAACAUUUAAUGAGUAUUUACAAAAAAGGUGUUACCAUUCACAUUUUUGGGGCUGGUUGUAAUGUUUUGGCUUAAAAUAUGUUAUAUACACUAUACUAUAUGUUGCCACUAAUUACUGGCAUGUCACUGAUUUUGCUUUCUGGUGCAGUAGCAACGUGUAAAUAUUAAACCCUGAACCUUUAUUUGUAAGUAGAAUAUAAUAGAAUGCAAUCGAA